AUGGGGUACAGAUUUGCAACACCUGGUGGAAUAUCAGUGCUGCCGAGAGGACGCUUAUUACUUAAUCGUUUAGAAGAAAUACAAUAUCUCUAUUUCAACGGUCGUCCAGAAUGGACUACCAUACAAAAGAAUGAUUUAAAAUUAUUUUUAGCAUACGUAUUUUAUGACAGUCCGUUUCUUAACAACGCAAUUGCUGAAAAAAAUUAUAGACAUGACAAUAAUUCCGAUGAAAUAUUCAAGUUAUAUAAAACUGAAAAUCAAAAAGAUAUUUUAAAAAUGAAUGAUUUCAUAGAUGAAAAAUAUAUUAAACCUGAUAUUUUUAAUAGUAUUAAACUGGGUUUAACUAUAAUACAUAGAAUUUGCAAAAAUAAGUGUGAUGGUUGUCAAAAUUUUCCUGACAAGGAUAUACACCUAUUAAAAUUAAUCAGAUUUAAAUUAAACAAUAAAUGUAUUUUUAUUGAUUUUGAAAACCAUAGAACAUACACUGGUUGGGAUGAAUUUAUAGAAAAAAAUAAUCUCCCCGAAGGAUUUAUAUUCUACCCUGAAUCAGGAAUUUAUGAUGCAUCAAAAAAAUUGUCUCAAAAUAUAACACCGGCUUCCUAUAAAACUGAAAAAAUUUUAAAAACAAUUGAAAAUAUCUCAGGCAUAUUCAAUUGGGCGAGCGGUUUAAUAUUGAUAACUGGUAGUUUAAUAUUUCCUUUAGCGGCACCUAUUAUAUACAUAUCUGCUACAGUUGUAACAGGUGCUUCUUCAUUUAAAGCAUAUCGACAGAUUGUUAAUUUAAGAGACAUGUACAAAUAUGAAAAUAAUGUAUCUUGCACAAAAGCCACGUCAAAAUGGAUUGAAUUAACGAUUUCUGCGAUUGGCGUACUAGUAGCACCAUGUUAUGCAUUUUCUGCAAUUACUUCAGAAAUUAAUUCUUCUAUUCAAUCGACUAGAAAGGCUCUUACUGUUUUUCGAAAUGGUGCUUGUAUUACUCAAUGUGCAUUGGAAAUCGUCCGUGUUACUCUGGACUUUAUAAAUGAUGGUUUCAAAAUAACAUCGGAAAAUGUCUUAAAACUACGUUUGGAUUUGUUUGUUGCUAUGGGAUUAUUAAUGCCUUCAAACUAUAUUGUAAAUAUUUUAAAGGUAAGAAUCAACCAGUGUUCCAUCAAUGUAAUAUACAUUUUUAAAUAGAUCAUACAAUUAUAUGCAUUCGUUUAUAUAUACACUAUGGUAGGUAUAUAUUGGACAUAUUAUAAUAUCGCACUGAGCGGCCAAAUACUUAAAGCCAUACCUGUUCGGAACAAUUUUGUUAAAAUACCAUUUUUUCUUACAUAAUGUAUACUUUUUUUCACAUUGGAUAUCAGUAUUUCACCCAUAAAUAACGAAUUAUUGAACGAUUUUCUGUCUUGUUGGA